UUCCCGAAAAGCUCAGAUGGCUGUCACCCUGAGUUCCCGUAGCCUUCUGGGAAUUCGAGUCUGACGUCACCAGUCUACGGGUACAGAAAGUAGAACUGACCGCAGUAACGUCACUUCUGUUGGAUGGGGCAGGAGACUUCGUUAUUUGGGGAACCCCCGACUAGAAACUACCCGUGCUAAUGCACACUGGCACCUGCUUUGCAACUUAUAGCUUAUAAAACUGUGAGUAGAGACUUAAAUCAGGUAGACCAGGGUCAUGACAGUCUGACCUGGGGUGGUGGCCAUGUGAGUAGGGGGCCAUGGACACAUAGAUGUUCUGAAGGCAGAAAUCACUGGAUCUAGUAUGGAUUGGAUAUAUGGCUGUAGCCAUGCCUGCCGCAGGCUCCAAGCUGCAGAGCCAGCUGGGCCCGGAGCGGAGAGCUGAGCCACAGGACGCUGCUGUAGCCGCCGCCGCCAGCUGGGGCUCCGACCCCAGCCCCAGCCCCAGCCCUCUGCCUGGACUGCAUGGGGAGAAGCAGUAUCUGGAGCAGAUCGAGCACAUCCUGCAGCAUGGCUGCAAGAAGGAGGACCGCACGGGCACCGGCACCGUGUCUGUGUUUGGCUUGCAAGCCCGCUACAACCUCCGAGAUGAGUUUCCUUUGCUGACAACCAAGCGUGUGUUCUGGAAGGGUGUGCUGGAGGAGCUGCUGUGGUUUAUUAAGGGUUCCACAAAUGCUAAGGAGCUCUCUGCCAAAGGAGUAAAAAUCUGGGACGCCAAUGGAUCUCGAGACUUUUUGGACAAGCAGGGGUUCACUACCAGAGAGGAAGGAGAUUUGGGACCAGUGUAUGGCUUCCAGUGGAGACAUUUUGGGGCAGAAUACAAAGAGAUGAAUACAGAUUAUUCUGGACAAGGAGUGGAUCAACUACAAAAAGUCAUUGACACAAUCAAAACCAAUCCUCAUGACAGAAGGAUCAUUAUGUGUGCUUGGAAUCCUAAAGAUCUUCCUCUGAUGGCAUUACCUCCAUGCCACGCUCUCUGUCAGUUCUAUGUAUUGAAUGGUGAGCUUUCUUGUCAGCUAUACCAGCGAUCUGGAGAUAUGGGCCUUGGGGUGCCGUUCAACAUUGCCAGUUACUCCCUGCUAACCUACAUGAUUGCUCAUGUCACAGGCCUGAAGCCAGGUGAUUUUGUACACACUCUGGGAGAUGCUCAUAUAUACUUGAAUCAUAUUGGGCCACUGAAAAUUCAGCUUCAGCGAGAACCAAGACCUUUCCCUAAGCUCAGAAUUCUUCGAGAAGUCAAAGCCAUUGAUGAUUUCAAGGCUGAGGACUUCCUGAUUGAAGACUAUAACCCUCACCCAGCUAUUAAAAUGGAGAUGGCCAUCUAAAGCAGCCUGAAGCCUGGCUGAAAACAAGUUCCAUCUUUUCCAGGAUAAGAAGACAUGGAAAAGGGUUAGGAGUGGAGAAAAUCUAAUUCACCCUGUGACAUAAACACAGGUCUUAACAGAUCAGAUUAUUAUCUUACAUACAUACACACACACACACACACACACAACUUUAACAGAAGUGAAUGCCACUAUAAACAAAGUAUUUGUCUUAUAUAAUUAUUAAAAUAAAGCAGUUCUUACAUUACAAAAAAAUUUAGUAUUUUAUCUUUCCCCAGUUACAUGU